AUGGUCAUUUUCUAUGCCUUCUCCUGGACCAUCGAGGGCAGCAGGCUGGAGAAGACCAUGAUGAAGGCGGGAUCCUACGCUGUCUCUCAGAGCAGCUCCGUGGCAGCCGUCCAGCCUCGCCUGGGUGCUGUCUGGCAUGCUAAUUCUUCCUCCUCCACCCUCUUCACCAACGGCAACGUCCGCAGAAAAGUCACUCACAAACCUGAGCACAAUGAGGCCGUGGCCUGA